GGGGAUCUGAUGAUGAUCAUGGAAUAUUGCCCUUUCGGGAGUCUGGAGAAGUACCUGAGGGCAAAUGAACCGAACUUCAUCGAUCAGAUAGACCGCCACAACCAAACGCUCAAUGACAGUACCGGGAGACUGGAGCAUUGCACUGAUGAUUCUGCAAACGAAGAUGCUGCACUCGAAGCCCAGAGAGAUGGAACACUAAGCGAAUGGGUUGUGAAGUUUUUACCUGUUGCAUCAACGGCGACUGACUCCGGAGGACCCGACGGUGUACUCCAGAAGGAUUCUGUUGACUCUGACUCUGGGAUUCUUCCAUCUUCGAGUCGUAUGAUCAAAUUCCUCAACUUCCUUAGCUUAACUUAA